AUGAUAAGAACCACUAUUUCAAGAAUCAAAAGAGUAUGGGCCAUUACGUUUUCCCCUGGCUUCAUGCGAGGAGACGUGCGCUUCACUCCAGGAAAAUUUCAAAUUUUGUCGUCUGCUACACAAAGCCCUCCACAAAGGCGAUCAAAAUCAAGUGACAGUACCUGCAAAGAUCCUCCACAGAUAACAAAAUGUGGAGGUGCUGCUGGCAGUGAAGAAAAAGACGUAUUUGACGAUUAUUUAUCCCCGGACAUGCGAGGUAAUGAUAGGAUGCAUGGUGCCCCGCCAUUGUAUCAGACAACUUCAGCGUGUCGCUGCGAUGAGUGUAACAAUAUCAUAGCUGAAAUUUUCAGCGAAGAAACAUCAUUGAGACAGGACAAUGAUCUAAAGAGGAAACUACUAGCUAACAUUGCCCAAAUUAAUAUAACUGAUAAUAUUGAUACUGGUAAAUUCACUACUGACAAAGCCCAACAUGGAUUAUUUCAACGCAAAAAGAAAGAAGACGGUGAUAGCCUCCCUAGAUUGACGAAAGUUAAUAUAGAUAAUGAUUCGACCCCUAAAACAGAAAACAAGUCCGAUCCCUUUAAUGAAUUAGUUUCAAUGAAUAAAACAUUAGACGAAAAAUCUAAAGUUAAUGUAGAUGCUCACCAAAUGUACACAAAUUUAUAUGACGUUGAUCCUGAAGAAUAUCAGUGUAAAUUCACUGAUGACAACAAAAAAAGUCCAUAUUCAAAUAAAAAGCUGAAGGAUCACAACGUGGAUGCUUAUUGGAAAGACGUAUACGAAACUGCUGUUGGAGAAAAUUCAGUUUAUUGUGAACAUACUUUAAGUAUCGAUGAAGAUACAUUAAACGUGUAUAAAGUGCUUAAAAAUCCUGAUUCCAAAUUGGAUGGUACAUUAGAGUAUAGACGUUUAAAACGUUCCCCACGAGAGUUAGAGAAAAUGAUCGCAAGCGAGAAACUAUUUAAGGAUAGUAGUAAAAGAGAAGGCAACAAAAUGCAUGCAACUAGAGCUAGUAUAGAAAAACAAGAUGACGAUAAACUAAUUCAAAAAGUAGAACACAUUGAGGAGGCUCCUCUAGUAGAAGCUGAGAAACCUAAAGUGGAAGGUUCACAAAUCGCACCUAGAGUAUUAGGGUAUGUGGGAAAAGGAAAAGUCUUUAAUAGCUUAGAUGAGGUAGCGAAACGGUGUCUUACAUCACCUCAAAAUAGAAUUGAUGAAAUCUUACUAAAGGAAAUGGAAAAACUGGGUAUUCCUUUAACCGUACAACGUACCAACUCUUGUCUUAAAAUAGAAGAUACUAAACCUGACGCUUUGAAUAAACAGAAAAAGGUUCCUCAAGAGGAAGAAAUCGAACUAGACGAUCGUGAUAUAAAGAACAAACCGGAAAAAUGGGGAGUAACAGGUAAUCUACAUAACUCAGCAGAAUCUAAAGAAGACCCUUUAGACACUGUAACCCAAUUUCAUUUAGAUUUGAACAGAACAAAAAUGCAUGAUGAUUUAAAAAGUAACGAGAAGGCUAAGCUCCAGUCUGAUACUAAAACUGAAACUGUUUGCGAUGCCAACACUGAAAACAGGUGCGGGUGGUUAUACUGGCGUGUUAAGAAUCCUCAACAACAAGAUCCCAAACGUAGUGGAACAUCCGAACAGGAACAUAAUACGUUUACUGACCAAAUGUGGCAGAAAAAUCAAUUGGAUCCUAAACAUGUCUUGACAUGUAAUGAAACAUGUUCUAUUUCUCCAAAGCCACUUAUUCACAAAGAAGUUGAGAAUGUUGAAGGUACGGAGGACAUGUAUAAACAACAACAGACAAAUUUAUAUAUGAAACAAAAACCUCUUUUAGAAGAGGGCGAAAGUGAGCCUUUAGCAACAAGUAUAGAAGAGAAACCUCAGCAUAUUAUUAAACCAGAUUAUCUUAACCGCUCAAAAACGGUUGAUUUUACAAAUAUCACGAAAGAUAACGCGUCAACGGCCGUUGACAGUGUAGCACAGCAAACCUCUGAAGCAGGCUCUACAUUUAAUAUUACACCACCAGAGUUGCGCAGAAGGGAAGUUGAUUUAGAACCAAUGGACGAACCCAAAAACACAGAGGAUCUUACUGAAAACACUAUAAUACAAGCUGUUGAUAGUGAACAAUUACAGUUGACUACAGAACAGCUGCAGGUGGCCAGUGAGCAGUUGCAGGCUACUUGUGAACACUUACAGGCUACAACUGAGCAACUUCAAGCCGCAACUACACAAUUACAAGCUACAAGUAACCAUUUAUGUGACUCAAGUAAUAAACUAUGCACCGCAAGUGAAAACUUAAAUACAACGACAGAAAAACUACAGUAUACCAGUGAAAAUUUACGCGACUCUACUGAACAAUUAUGCAGUAACACAAUGUUAAUCAAUAAAAACUCAAAUUAUCCAAAAAAAGAAUCUGAUAUACCCGAAGAGGCAGAUCAUGCCGUUAAGAUGUAUGAGCAGUUCAUAAAAAAUACCCCAAGUGACAAAGAGCAAUUGAAGAUAGCCAGCACCGAGACAUUUAUUAAUGAUACAAUAAAAUCGGCUAUGGAUACUCCUAAACCUUCCAAAGAUCUGUCUGUCAAUCCAGCUGCUGCUGCACUUAUAUCCAAAGCAGUAAGCAGUUACAUGAAAGAUACGAAAACAGAAAAAACAUCAACUCAACAAGUUGAAAGAAAAGGCGCAGACAAAGAAAAGCCUGAAAAAACGAAGGACGACGAUGAAACAGUUUUGAAAGAAUUGGACAAUAAAUGCUUCAGUCCUAACAUAGAGGGUUGGGCUCAGCAAGCAACAACUAUAAACCCUUCUGUUCCAAUGACUGAAGAUUUACCCCCAAUUAAGCCCUUGCCAGAAAUAAAUGAAAAUACAAAACUCUCAGAAUUGAUGAGGGUAGUCAGAGAAAGAAAUAGGUUAGUGGACUGCCACGAAGCCACAGUUCUUGUAAAACCUAAAAAGUUUGUUCCACCGCUAGCCAAGCCCCUGGCUAACCCAUCUAAUUACCAAAUGCCUAGCAUUCCUGAAGUAAAAUCUAUCCCAAGGGUGUGUGUACCGAAAAAAAGCCGUCCUACGAAGAAAUGUAGCUACUGUAAUUUGGAAACGCUGGGUCUCGACCAAAAUACAUCUUUUAUAGGUCGUAAUAAAUCACAAGAGUGGCUGGAUGUUGUAAGUCUGGACCAACAUCAAGCCAUUGACUUGACAUUAGCCGAAGAUGAUUUAGUAACAGACUUCGCCGACGACUUCAUUCUUCAAUUACACUAUUUGAGUGACAUAAUAGAGUCGUCGUAUAAGCGCGGAAAAGCAAAAGUUUUGGAAACAGCUGUACUAGAAAAUCGUCACUUGGCAAAAAUCGUUAGAAGUCAAGAUUACGAGCCUUGGUCACCGAUACCCUCGUGGCCAUACCCUAAAAAGCCUAAAAAACAGAAGUUACAGUGUCCUAAAGAUGGUUGCCAAAUUCCGCCACCACUGUCUGUAGAAGAAAGGCCUUGCGGACUUAAGCCAUUUCGAAACGAAGAGUCGCCCAUACUCAGCAGAACAUUCUUCAAGACUGAUUGGCCUAAGCCAAAAUACAUUGAUAAGCCUUACGUCGACACCAGAAGGGAAGAUAAACAUUCGGCAGCUAACAUAUCACCCACAAAACCCCCUAGUCGGUCUAAAAAACCAACUACCCCAAUCAAUGUUCUACCAAAGGUUAAAAAGUCAAUUUAUAAAGAUACCAUUAGAAAUAACAUGACUGGUCAAAUAACACAUUUGAAUUUAGAACGGCUUCUUCUACCGACUAUGGCUUCAGUCUUUUAUGAAAUAGAGAGGUACCAUACAGAUAAUGCUACUUCGAAAAUCAAUAUGACCGACACCGAUUCUAAACUUUUUACAGAAAAUACUGGAAAGUCUAUGGUCGACGACUAUAGUGGGCACGAAACAAUGUUGAAAAAAGCUAGAUAUUUAUUACUAACCGUAAACGACGAAUAUAAGUUAACCGGUAACAGAGAACGAGAGAAUUUGGAUAACGAAAAACCGAAUUAA